GAUGCAAAUUGCUGAAUGACUCACCCACCAAAGUCAUAUCUUCGCCUCGCUCCUGCGUUCCACUUUUCGUAUGAGAACAGCUGUUUUCAUCAUUAAUGCUGAACUUUCUUUUCGAAAAUUAGUUUACUACUUUACUCUUUAGUCUUUACUGCGUUAUUUUUAUCUACAGAAAGCACAUAAACGUUGAACUUGCUGAUUGAAUGUCAAUUAUGUCAUAAUCCAUUAAAUUGUCUCGUACUAGCUGAUUGUUAGGAAGACGGGAUCUGAUCUGAUUGUAAGAUAGACCAGCUGCCCGGUAUCUUCGUGCGUUCGUGCAAACAUGAGCGACUGGAAGGCUCUCCAAGAAGAUAGGGAUGCGGAUCAGGACCGCACUGAUGACGCUUAUAUCAAUGAGAACGAGAAGCAGUUUCUUUUUGAAGGCAUCAGAGACUUCGAUUUCCGGCUGGAUGGAAGGGGUCCACUGGAUUAUCGAAAUAUCCACAUCGAAGUGGGCUCUGUGAACAAUGCAAACGGUUCGGCCAGGAUUAAGCUUGGAGAUACGAAUGUUGUCGCGGCAGUAAAAAUCGCACUUGGUGAACCUGAAAAGGAUACGCCAGAUGAAGGCAUCGUGGAAAUCUCGGUUGAAAGCUCUGUCCCUUCCUUUGGGAAUGCAGAAGAGGAUGAGGAUACCGAAAUAUUCAGCACCCAAGAACUACAGCAAAUUCUGGAAUGCAUAUACUACGAAUCUGGCGGUAUUGACCGGAAGAAACUUGGUGUGCUAAAAGGAUCGAAAUGCUGGACGCUGUUUUUCGAUAUUAUUAUUUUCGAGCAAGGUUCCUCAGUAUUAGAAGCAGCAGCUUUAGCCAUUAAAGCAUCGUUAGCCGACGCAAGAUUUCCUACUGUUCGCAUUGUCGAAGAUGAACUGGAUCAGUUCGAGAUCGAAUACAGUGAUAACCCGUACGAUUGUUGGCAGAUGGAUGUUGCUUGCGUUCCAACAAUAGCUACCCUUUCUAAGAUUGGACCGGUUUUUGUCGUGGAUGUCACUAGGGAAGAACGCGUGGCGGCCGAAGCAUUAUUCGUUGUAGCCGCUAACGCAAGCGGUACAGUGUUUUACCAGUCUGUUGACUGCACAGGACCGGAACUUGGAAUCAGGCCAGAGGUUUUACAAGAAGCUGUCGAGAUCUCGAUGAAAGUAUGCCAGGAAAUGAAUCGUGAACUUGAUAAAGCGUUGAAGUGUUCUCUUUGAUGAUUGAAUCAGAACCGCUCAGAUCGCUGAUGCUGCUGGAACUGCUUAAAUCCGUAUGGUCACCGUUUAAUUUGAAAGAAGCAAUAACUUCAUGUGUCCGUAUCCGUUGGGUAACGCGAUAGUUUUGCAAUACCCGCCCUUUAUCCGGCCGACGCUCGCUGUGACUUCGACGAACGGAAAUGACACUGUCCCGACUUCCUUUUCGUGAGUCACGAGACUCCCGACUAUGCUUCCGCCCCUUUCGCGUACUCAAGCUUCGAAAAGCCUGCAUCUGUAAAAAGAUCCGGUAGAUUUUACCUCUUUGGCCUAGAUGCAUAGCUUCAAAUUUGAACUGUUAAUACGAGUACCUGUUCGGUAGAAACCUCGAUUGGGUGUUUCAGGACAAUCCAUUGCACGCAUUCAUUGUAUGGCGGUGUGGUCAGUGAUCCGUGAUAUGUAUAAUAUUUCGAGGUAUCUGUUCAGAUAUGUUCAGGUGGUGUUACAGCUUACGACGUUUGAUAAGAUUACCAUUAGAGUACCUUCUGGCAAGAGCUGGGUUACAUCGAGAUGCUUUAAGGGCACACUAUGUCCGGCGUAGUGAAU